UCUACCUGGUCUCUCUGCUUCACUACAGGAACAAGUUAUCAAAGAAGAUAUAGAACAUACAUUUAUUGAGAAGAGGGAGAGAGAGAGAGAGGCAGCUAGAGAAGGGGGCUUGAUUAAGUAAUUAACAAAUAGUUAAUUAACUUACUGAUCAUGGGUUAUAUCGAUGGAAAAUGGGCACCGCUGAUCAUGAUGACUGUGAUUCACAUGAUUAAUGGGAUGGUUAACGCUUUGAUUAAGAAAGUUCUUGAUGGAGGCAUUAAUCAUAUGGUUAUUGCUACCUAUCGUUUGGGUAUUUCCACCUUUUUCCUUCUUCCGAUCGCUUAUUUUUGGGAACGGAAAACAAGGCCGAAACUUACCAUAAGCAUUUCGUGCCAGCUUUUCAUCAGUGCUCUUUUUGGGGCGAGCUUGGUACUAUAUUUCUACUUACUCGGACUCACCUAUACUUCUGCCACAUUGGGAUCUGCCUUCACGGCGAUAAUGCCUGCCCUUACUUUCAUUAUGGCUUUGAUAUUUAGGUUCGAAAAGCUAAAUAUGAAAACAAAAGUGGGAUAUUGCAUCGUUCUUGGAACUAUGAUAAGCUUAGGAGGAGCUUUAGUUCUUACGAUGUACCAAGGCAUUCCAUUAACAAACUCUCAAGAACAAGCAUCGACUUUAAACCAUCUCACAAAACAUGCGCAUUGGACCAAAGGUUGUAUAUUUUUAUUCAUAUCAGUUAUGUUUUUCAGUUCUUGGAUGCUUAUACAAGCCAAAGUCAACGUGAAUUACCCUUGUCCAUACUCGAGCACCGUUAUUUUAUCUGCUUUCGGUACGCUUCAAUGCGCCCUUCUUAGCUUGAUCAAGACUAGAAAUGUGGAAGAAUGGAUCCUCAAAGACAGACUCACCAUCAUCACCAUAAUUAUAGCGGGAGUGGUUGCACAAGGAAUGUGUACGGUGGGAAUAUCAUGGUGUAUUAAACAACGAGGACCUGUCUUUACCUCAGCAUUUACUCCUGUCAUGCUUAUGUCUGCAACCUUGUUCGAUUUCUUGAUAUUUCAUCGUAUGAUUUAUUUGGGAAGCAUAAUCGGAUCUGUGGUGGUGGUGAUCGGUUUAUACGUAUUUUUAUGGAGCAAGAGCAAACAAAUAGAUGAUUGUGAGAUCAAUAAGUUACCCACAAACACCGUGGAAGAACGAAAGGAAGAGGAAGAUCAUACAAAUGUUAACAAAUUAGGCAAUCUUUUGGUUAUCCCCAUGACUCCUUGAUCAAAUCCUUACGUUCAACUAGAAGGACCGACAUGCCAUCUUGAAAAAUCACUAAAAAUAUGAAAAAGGUUUUGAAAUGUUCCUUUGAAUAUUGAUCAGAGGAUUUUAUCACAUGUGGUGCAAUGUUUAAACUCUUUGGAGUUUACUUUCCUAGGGGCUCAUUUGGAUAUUGUAAUAUAUUUAUAUAUAAUAAACGGUAUCAAACGUGAUGAC